CUAAAUUUGUGUACUUUGCAGUUCAAACGCAUUUUUUUUAAAUUUUCUGCUAUUAUUUAUUGGAAACAAACAACAACCAUAUCAUGUAUGAAGAGGAAGAAUAUUUGGAAGAACUAGAUGAAGCGGACGUUGUUGUUCAUUCCAACCAACGUUCACCCUCACCAAGGCGUUCUUCCCGCGAUGUCUCGUUCGUUGCUGAUUCCGACGAUGUCAACUUGUUGGACACUGCGGAAGAAACCCUGGAAGCAUCUUAUCUGUAUCUAUUUGAGGCACAAUUCUUCCGACGACUCUAUCGGGGACAAAUGCGCCCAAGAGAGGUGGGAACCAAAAACGUUGGUGGCAAUUCCGUGGAAGAUGUGAUGGCAUGCGUUUGGAAAGUUGCAACUAAGCAUGUAUCACGGCAAAUCGACUUUGACGAUGAUGGGCCAAAAUGGGCUGAUAAACAGGAACCGGAUCAAGAAGAUAUUGAGAAGUUUGUGACUUUUCACGAUCCGAGUAAGAGGAAAGCGUACAAUACUUCGUCAGUAACGUCCCGCUUGCUUACAUCAUGGAGAGACAAGCAAAUAAAAAUUUUUGUUCAUGCGCAUUCGGUUAAUGUCGAGACCAACUCGCAGCAUCAGAUGGUCCUUAAGAAGCUGAUUGCACCGAACAACCCUGAUCGAUCCGGUGCUCAUUCAACCCACGACGAUGCAGUGUUGGCGAAAGAAUUGAAGGAAAAUCAUCCUGAGCUUGAAGGCCACCACAGUUCUUGGUUGUUGUGGGCUAAUACAAUUCAUUCAUCGGCAGCGUAUAAACAGGAAGCUAUGAAAACGGCUACGUCACCACCAUUGGAGCUCGCCAAAUAUUUUAGGUGGACUGGCGUUUCAGAAGCAGCCAGAUUGCAAUCCGUUCACCGUGGUGCAUCAGUAGCUCAUGCCGUUAAUGGAAGCUGGAUGAAGGACGUAGAAGAAGUUCACCACGGAGUUACAUCAGCAAUUUCUAUUCUGACAAAUGUCGCACAGAAGCUGGAAGGAAUGAUUUCCAAAGGAAAAGGGGCGGAGGAAAUUAUUGCUGCUGUGCAAUCUGCUGUACGGCCAGAGGAGUCUGAGCUGAGCAAAGUGUUGGCCGAUAAUGUAUCCAACUGUCCGGAUAUCGAUCACAUCUGA